ACGUUCUUGUUUACGGAAGCCGCGGCGCCUGUUGGAUGUGUUUUUACAAACAGAAGGGGUGUUUUGUUAUGUGAAUGGAGGACACGCCGAAGCGUUUUAAUGAAUAGCGCGUUCGGCUAUGUUUCCGUCGCCUUUUUAGCACUUGCAGCGUUGCUGAUCCCACGCGAGUGGUCACUUACAUCUGGGAAUGGUUCAGACAGGUGGGGCCCUUUGCGGCUCCUGAGCAGGAGUGAAUUAGCGUUGUACGACGGGGAGGAAGGUAGCAAGGGCCUGUACCUUGCCGUACUGGGGCAAGUCUUUGACGUGCACAAGGGUCACAAGCACUACGGACCUGGAGGUGCUUAUCACUUUAUGACAGGCAAAGAUGCAUCUGUGGCCUUCGUCACUGGGGACUUCACAGAAAGUGGUCUGACAGAUGAUGUGUCCAGUCUGUCCCCCCUGCAGGUGAUGGCCCUUUAUGACUGGCUGGCCUUCUACCAGAGGGACUACACACGUGUAGGUCUGUUAAUAGGCAGGUUCUAUUGUGAGGCCGGUCAGCCCACCGAGGCCCUGUUGCUGGCUGAAGCGUCACUAGUAGAGGGCCGGCGGAUCAAGAUCCAGUCUGAGGACGAGAGGGCGCGCUUCCCAACCUGCAACUCAGAGUGGAGCGCAGCCAGAGGAGGAAGAAUCUGGUGCUCCACUAAGAGCGGUGGAGUGGAGAGAGGCUGGACAGGUGUCCCACGGAGGCUCUUCUCUCCAGGCUCCAGUGGUGUUCGUUGUGUCUGCGUUGAAGACACACUUGCAGCCCAGGAAGACCCAAACCUGAAGAGAUAUGACGGCUGCCCCCCACAUGCUGAGUCAUGCUCCAUCGAGGAGUUCUAGGCCUUUGCUCAAUAUGCGGACUUGUUUUCCCGUUGUGAAACGUAAUCAGUCGCAGCCUAAGACCCGAUCCCAAGCUCUCCCCCCUGAACGCUCAGGGACUUAUCUGACAUCCCCUGGUAAGUGGUUGAGUGUGUGAGUCUAUGAAGGCUUUAAAUUGUGUAAAUAUGAAUGGAGCAGCACUUUACUGCCACAUGUCACGUCACCCAGAUGUAAAAAAAAGUGAGGGUAUUUAUUUAUUACAUUUUACUCUGAUUUGAACAUCCAUCUUCAAUCCUUGAUGUUUUAAAUAAAUUUCAUUAUGGCAGUCUGAACACA